AGUUAUUUGUGCUCUCUCUCUCUCUCUCUCUCUCUCUGCGUUUGGUAUUGUUGGGUGCUGGUCGUUAAUCUGAGGUUGAGCUUGUCCGGGUGAACAUGGGCAGAAAGUGCUCACAUUGUGGAAACAUAGGCCAUAAUUCAAGGACCUGCACAACUUACAGAGGGAGUUCUUCUGCUGGUCUUAGGCUCUUUGGAGUGCAGCUUGACUUAUCCUCAUCUUCUGUUGCAAUGAAGAAGAGUUUCAGCGUGGAUUGCUUGUACUCAUCUCCCUCCCCAUCUUCUUCAUUUUCCUCCGGAAUUUCCAUCGAUGAAAACUCUGAUAAAACCACCAUUGGUUAUCUUUCUGAUGGUCUCAUUUGUCGACCCCAAGAGAGGAAGAAGGGAGUUCCAUGGACAGAAGACGAGCACCGGACAUUUCUGAUUGGGCUUGAGAAGCUAGGAAAGGGUGACUGGAGAGGUAUAUCCAGAAACUAUGUGACAACAAGAACCCCAACCCAAGUUGCAAGCCAUGCUCAGAAGUAUUUUCUGAGACAAGCAAGCCUUGACAAGAAGAAGCGGCGUUCAAGCCUCUUUGACAUGGUUGGGCGCAGCAACAUGUGUGUUCAGCCUGCUAAAAGUUCUAAUUCCAAGCUAAGUGAUCCAGUUCGUACUCAAUAUAACCCUGAUCAGCAUAAAGUUCACCAAGAUAGCAAUCUUCCUGAUCUGCAAGGUCUCACUUCCUCCGAACAUGUCAAAUCAGAGAACCAAGAAAUCGACUGUCUUCAAUUAGCUUCACGCAAUCAGGCGGUACCCGUUUGGCUAUAUGGAUUACUUGAUUCCCGGCUGAACACUUCAAAUGCAGCAAAACCCAGUUCCUCCAACGCAGCACCUAAUCUAGAGCUCACCCUUGCCGCCCCAAGGCCUUUGGAACAGAAUAAAUCAUCCCCAGAACCCCUUGUUCUCGGCCCCAUCAGCGUACAAAUUCAUGGAUAAACCAUGGAAAUGAUUAUCUUGAUGAUGCAUGUCAACCCCUAGCAGAAUAUCAAAUAAUAUGUUACAUAUUGUAGGUGUUAUUAUUAGUAUAAUGGUAAUUCUUAAAUGGGAAAUUUUGUUCCUUUUUUCGCUCCUCCUCUCUGAAUAAAUGAUCUAUUAUGCUUA